CCGAAUCGGGUGCGCUUCUCCGAGACCGCCGCCCGACUUCACAAUUACAAACUCGAGCAACAUGGGCAACAAGGCGAGCAAGGGCGGCAAGACGCGUCCUCCCGUGCAGAGCGAGGCCUCGGGCCAGAGCUCCCUGCGACCGCAGCCCAUCCCGCAGCAGGCGCGCCAGAGCGCCCCGGCGCCGCACUACCGCCAAGACCAGGCGCCGCCCCGCGCGCCGCAGGUGCCCAACGCCGUGCCUGUCGCGGCUGCCCCGCCGGCGCCGACGCCGAUCCCGCCGUCCGCCGUGGCCGCCGCAGCCGACCCAGACUCUGAUGGCGAAGACAACUCGGGUCCGACCGAGGCCAUGAUCAUCAAGGACAUGGACGGGUCGACGACUUCCGUGCCGACCAAGGUCACGAUCGAAGAAUUCGACUUGCUCAAGGUCCUCGGGAAGGGCAGCUUUGGCAAGGUCAUGAUGGUCCGCAAGAAGGACACGCAGAAGAUCUACGCGAUGAAGACGCUGCGAAAGGCGGCGCUCAUCAAGCGCAACCAGCUCGGCCACACCAAGACAGAGCGCAACAUUUUGCAGACGAUCAAGCACCCGUUCUUGACGACGCUCUCGUACGCGUUCCAGACGCCGGAGAAGCUGUACCUCGUUAUGGACUACUGCUCGGGCGGCGAGCUCUUUUUCUGGCUCAAGAAGGACCGCCGCUUCUCCCAGAGCAAGGCGCGCCUCUUCGCGGCCGAGAUCCUCCUCGCGCUCGAGGAGCUGCACAACCACGACAUCAUCUACCGCGACUUGAAGCCCGAAAACAUCUUGCUCGACAGCGAAGGCCACAUUCGCCUGACGGACUUUGGCCUUUCCAAGGAAGCCGUCACGGGUGCUGGCGCUGUGGGUGGCACCAAGACGUUCUGCGGUACGCCUGAGUACUUGGCGCCGGAGAUUCUCGAAAACAAGGGGCACGGCAAGGCCGUCGACUGGUGGAGCUUGGGCACGCUCAUCUACGAAAUGCUCACGGGUCUUCCGCCGUUCUACGACCAAAACAUGCAGCGCAUGUACGACAAGAUCAUCAACGCGCCGCUGCGGUUCCCGUCGUUCAUGUCGGCGGAAGCCAAGAGCCUCUUGACGGGUCUCUUGCAGCGCAAGGUCUCGGACCGUCUUGGUAGCGGCCCGACCGACGGCGCCGAGAUCCGCAACCACCCGUUCUUUGCGGGCAUGGACUGGGACCAGAUCUACCGCAAGGAGACGACGCCCGAGUUCAAGCCGCCGAACCGCAUGGGCUCGAUCGACACGAGCAACUUUGACCUGGAAUUCACGGGCGAGAAGCCCGUCGACUCGGUCGUGACGACCAACCUGAGCGAGACGCAGCGCAACAAGGCCAACUUUGCCGGCUUUACGUACAACGCUGAAAACGAAAUGGACAAGUAGAUACCGCGAUGUGGCGCCGCGUUGGCGGUCUAGAAGGCGACGCGCGCCCAACGUUUGCAUGUUUUGUUGAAUCCAAAUCCUCCUCAUUCGAUACACUUGUGUGGUUUUUCGAUAAACAGUUCUACUAGC